AGUUCUCAUUGAAAAUAGGAUCGGGUUUGUACACCCUUGCAUUCAUUUUGAAGAGAAUGGCCUCGACUACAGUGUCCAGAUUCCGAGAACUUGGAAAGAAAAUUGUUGCAGUCGGAAGAAAUUAUAAGGAACACGCCGCUGAGCUUGGGAACGCCGUCCCGACAAAACCCAUUCUCUUCCUGAAGCCCACCACCUCCUACGUCACCCAGGGACAAAACAUAAAGAUUCCACCAAACUGCAAGUCUCUCCACCAUGAGGUAGAACUCGGCAUUGUGAUCGGUAAAACUGGGAGCCACAUCACAGAGGACCGAGCCGCAGACCACAUCGGGGGCUACGUCCUGGCCCUAGACAUGACCGCUAGGGAUCUACAGGACGAGGCUAAGAAAAAAGGUCACCCAUGGACCCUAGCCAAAGGUUUUGACACUUCCUGUCCUAUAGGUGACCUAAUUUCCAAAGACAAACUACCGAAUCCAGAAAAUGUUCAGCUGUGGCUAAAGGUCAACGGUCAAACCAAACAAGAUUGCAACACCAAAGACAUGAUCUUCAACAUACCCUUUUUGAUAAGCUAUAUCAGCAAGUAUUUUACGUUGGAGGAAGGUGACGUCAUUUUGACUGGUACGCCCUCAGGUGUAGGGCCAGUGGACAAAGGGGACGUAAUCGAUGCCGGGAUUGGAGAUGUCUCUUCUUUUAGAUUUCAAGUUGAAUAAAAGUAAAUUUUAGAGUUUUG